CGUCAAGUCACAUGACAAUUUUCCAACAUGUCUGCUGACCACCUCCCUUCUGAGUUUGAGGUUUUGAUUGUGGGGACAGGCCUUCCAGAAUCCAUCAUUGCGGCAGCAUGCUCAAGAAUUGGCCAGAAGGUUUUGCAUGUUGACAGAAGUGCUUAUUAUGGAGGAAACUGGGCCAGUUUUACAUUUUCUGGGUUACUGUCCUGGAUUGAAGAACACAAGCAAGAAGCCCGCAACAAAGAUGAAGUUAAAGAGUGGAAAGAUAAGAUUCAGGAAGGUGAAGAAGCUAUACUGUUAAACACUGCGGAUAAAACUAUAACCAAUGUGGAAGUAUUCUGUUUUGCAAGUCAGGAUUCAGAGGACAAUAUACAGGAAGAGGGUGUCUUGCAGUUGAAACAUGAUAGUUCAGUUACUGCUCCUGGGACAGAGGAAGAUGGUGGUAGUUCAGAAGAUUGCCCUGGUCAACAAAUCCAGGCUACAGUUACUAAUACUGUAGAGUCAUCUCCUUCAGAGGAUCCAGUGAGGAGUGACUCACAAGCUUCUGCCCAAGCAACAGAUGAUGCACCAUCCACCCAGGAAGAAAACCAUGGCAAUCUCUGUUCUGCAGAAUCUGACAAACAAGAAUCUGGUGUAACUGAACACGUCUCAGCCUCGCCAGCAUCAGAAUGUACUGAUGGAAAAAAGAAAAAGAUCACCUAUUCCCAGAUCGUCAAAGAAGGCAGAAGGUUUAAUGUUGAUUUAACUUCUAAGCUCCUGUAUGCCAAGGGCUCUUUGGUUGACCUGCUUAUUAAGUCCAAUGUUAGUAGAUAUGCAGAAUUCAAAAAUGUUACCAGGAUACUUACUUACCAAAAUGGAAAAGUGGAGCAGGUGCCUUGCUCAAGAGCAGAUGUCUUUGCAAGCAAGCAGCUUACUGUGGUGGAGAAGAGAAUGCUAAUGAAGUUCCUCACAUUUUGUAUGGACUAUCAGCAACAUCCUGAAGAAUACUUGGAUUUCAAAGACCACACAUUUGUCGAGUUUUUGAAGAUGAAAAAGCUAACGGCUAACCUGCAGCACUUUGUCCAUCAUUCGAUCUCCAUGGUCUCGGAUACUGAUAAAACCACAAAGGGCCUCCGUGCUACCCAGAAUUUCCUGCAGUGUCUUGGGCAUUAUGGAAACACCCCCUUCCUUUUCCCCCUUUAUGGAAAUGGGGAAAUCCCACAGUGCUUUUGCAGAAUGUGUGCAGUUUUCGGUGGAAUCUACUGUCUUCGACAUGCAGUGCAGUGCUUGGUGGUAGACAAAGAAACAAAGAGAUGUAAAGCAGUGAUCGACACUUCUGGCAUGCGAAUCAGCUGUAAACAUCUCAUUGUGGAAGAUAGCUAUGUGGCAGAUGAGCAGCGCAAGGGUGACCAGCAUAGACAGAUUUCUAGAGCUGUCCUCGUCACGGAUAAGUCUUUGUUGAAGGCAGAAUCGGAUCAGCAGAUUUCCCUUGUAACGGUUCCCCCGCUGGAGCCUGGCUGUCCUGCUGUCCGUAUUAUUGAACUCUGUUCUUCUUCCAUGACAACUAUGCAGGGGACGUACUUGGUCCAUCUUACCUGUCCAUCUUCAGGGACUGCUAAAGAAGAUUUGAGUCUAGUUGUGUCCAGAUUGUUUUCUGAAAACGUGGAUGCAGAUGAAAAGGGUGUGGAGAAGCCUUCAGUGUUGUGGGCCCUGUAUUUUAACAUGAGAGACUCCUCUGUAGCUGAGAGAAGUUCCUACAAUCUGCCUUGUAAUGUCUUCGUCUGUUCUGGACCAGACUCUACUCUUGGCAGUGAUCAUUCUAUUAAACAGGCUGAGAGUAUCUUUGGUCAGUUGUUCCCUGAUGAGGAGUUUUGCCCUCCUGCCCCAAACCCUGAAGAUGUUAUUUAUGAUGGAGAUGGAGCUGAGGCAGAGAAUGCAGGCUUUGGGGCCCCUUUGGAGCCAGAGCAUAACAAACCAGAAGAGGGUGCAGUUCCAGAACAGGAAAAUGAAAAAGCAAUGACGGAAACAGAGAAAAACACCACUGUUACCCCGGUCAGUCUGGCAACUUGCGACAAUUCAACAGAACAAGAUGCAGAAUAACUCCAUUAAAGUUCUUUCUUAUGAAACAGAAUUCUACAAGCUAUUUUACCUAUUGCAAACAUGUAACAUGCCUCAAAGCCUUAUGGUACACCUUUAAGCAAAAAGCUUUUUGUGAACUUAUUUGAAUUGCCUUCAUUUGCAGGCUGUCCAAUGUUAACAUUGUUAAGUUUAAGAAAUCCCUUCCUUUUUUAUAUGUUCAUUGUAUCUGAGGUGACUGUUAGUAAUGUCCAUGGACAUUUGUUUAAAAUUAAGGGUACAUGUAUAACUUAAUGAAAGGAUAGCUUAGAAAAUAAUUCCAUAAAUCUUACACAUUUUGCACCAGCUUCAUUAGUCUCAAAUGUGCAGUUUUUAACAUGGUAUCUGGUACUACUUUGAGUUAAAGAAUGUUCUCUGUUUCUGCCUUUUUCCAGUCAUAUGUUACACUUUUAAUCCUUGGGUCAUUUUGCUUCAGCUGUGUCUUCUGGAUCAAAAGUGUGUUACCAACUGAAAGCAUGUCAGUCAAUAUGGGAAGUAGCUGGUUGGUUUGACAGGAAAUGACCAAGCAAAUGCAACACUAACUUAAAGCAUGGUUGCAAACAGAUUUCUUUACCAAUACAAAAAUUGCUAUAUGUCUCUUUUUCAAAACUCCACAUUUGAGACCUUUAACAAAUGGAGGUGCACAACGAUUUAUGAAAUCAUUUUGUUAGCUACAGUCACGUCAACCCUAACAUGACUGCAUUUACGAUUUUUAGCAAAGCAUGUGAUUAAAGAAAAAAGAAUGGGCACUUCAUCAUUUAUUUUUUUCCUGAUUUACAACUUGCUGAACAGCUGUCACUGCAGCAAAAAAAUAGAUAAGUAAACCCCCUCAUCUUUUUUUUGUUAGUUAAUAAUUAUAUUAAAAUAAUAAUGGCUAGCAUGUUCCUAAAACUUGUCUUAUAAAUGUCUUCAUAAAUUAUUACUAUUGCUGGUUUAAAUAGCAUUAAUGUUUCUUUUUUGUAUUGGUUUAGGUAUGCCAUCUAAAAUGCUGGAUUCUUUAAUUUAAGUUUUCUCCAAGCUUUGUGUAAACCGAGUUAUUUAUAUCUGUGUAGCACAGUACAUUGCCAAUUAAGACCAAAAACAAAAUAAGUGCAUGUAAAUGUAGACAAUUGCUUCUGCUGGAAAGCUUAAUUUAACCAGAUGAUAUUCACGCCCAAAUACAUUUAUGCUGCAUCUCUCUGGGUGGUCUUGACUGUUUUCUAGCUACGGGCACAUAGGUGAGAAGGUUCAGGGUUUUUUAAUUUAUUUAUUUUUACAGUGCACAUCUUAAUCUAGGCUAUACCGUAUAAUGGGUGGAUGCUUUAUUGGCUAUUUUGAUUGGAUCGCCAAAAAUACUUUAAGGGUUGCAUACAGUACUUGUAGCGAUCCCACCCUUUGUCAGGCUGGUAUACAGGUCAGAUUAAAGAAGCGCAGAACAAGAGAAAUAAUUUGUCAGAUAUUAAAGUAGAUGAGAGUAAGUUUAUUUAAAUGUUUUUUUAAUUAAUUAUAAAUGCAAAAGUGUGACCUUUUUUUUUUUUUUUUGUGAAUGUGCUGUGAAAAAAAUCCCCUGAUGUAUAAAUCUGCUGAAUUUUUAAUAUCAGCUAGAAUUUCCCAUUAUACGGUGUAAAACAAAUAUUUAUGCUGACAACUCCAGGUAUGUCAGAGGUUGUAGAUGGCGCUGUGCAUCUGAUUAGUACUUUUUUUAAGCUUGCAUAUUUUUGGUUGAAGUCCACCUGCUAUCUGGUAAUGUAUGUUGUUUAUCAGCUUACUAUGUAGUAAGCAUCGGUCACAAUCGGUAAACUAAUUUGUGGUUUUAAGUUUGCACUUAUUACUUGGGAUCGGUGGCC